AUACGACUUGGAUCCGGUCGGAACCGUUGUGAAAUUGCAGAAAUUCUGUCAAGUCGCUCGCGAUGCGGGGCAUCGUUGGGCGUGGAGCGACACUUGCUGCAUCGACCAGAACAACAAUGUCGAGGUCCAGCAAUCAGUCAACUCCAUGUUCGUAUGGUAUCAUCACUCAGCGCUCACCAUCGUCUACCUAUCAGAUAUUCCUCCUUCAUCAAAAUGGGGCGCGCUCGCAAACAGCAUCUGGAACACGCGAGGAUGGACCGUUCAGGAAUUCCUCGCUCCUAAAAUCGUCCUUUCUUACCAAGCAGGUUGGACCCUAUAUCUCGACGACCGCUCGCGCAACCACAAGGAGUCUGUCAGUAUCAUGAGGGAGUUGGAGCGUUCAACUGGGAUAAAUGCACGGGCGCUUGCCGCCUUCCACCCGGGGAUGAGAGAUGCCCGAGAGAAACUCCGAUGGGCGUCAACGCGUGUCACUACAUUGCAGGAAGAUAUCGCGUAUUCGCUGUUUGGGAUAUUCGGCGUCCACCUUCCUGUAAUCUACGGAGAGAAAAGACAGAACGCGCUCGGACGUCUCUUGCAGGAGAUCACAGCCCAUUCGGGCGACAUCACGUCCCUGGACUGGGUGGGACAAUCGUCCACCUUCAACAGUUGUCUCCCAGCCGACAUUUUCUCAUACAAGGCUCUGCCAUGGACGGUAACAUCUCUAUCUGAAGACGAGAUACAGAACUCGGUCUCCACGCUACGAAAUAAUAUUGUGGCUGUGGAGUUGGCUUCGAAACUGUAUACCACUCUUGAGAACUUCGGCGUUCCUCGUUUCGCAAACAGUAGACUGCAAUUGCCUUGCAUCGCAUUUUCUCUCACAGAAGUUAGGCGGAGUACUGGUGUAGACGAGGACAAAUGUUUCACGUAUGAAGUCAAGGCAGACGGGCUACAAGACCUGCUGGUCACAACGGAAGACAAACUAGUUCAAUUCUCCCCUGCAAGGCCUGACACUUUCGUUUAUACUCUAACAACUAGAUUGGAGCAUAUGAAAAUAUCCGUAGAACUUUGCAUUGUAUAGCAUCCAAUAGUAUCGUAUUCUGCCUCAUUACUCAGUACUCAGUCUCAAUGGAAAGGAGAAAACACUGGCGCAAGCACUUCCUAGAAUUGUGCUCGUCCAGAUUCAUGAUUUUCAUCCAGCGUUUCCGAG